AUGUCCUUAGCAUAUAAAGUGGAAGAGUUGCUCGCGCUAAGGGACUCUGUCUCUGAGUCGGCGGUGUCGAUUGAUAAGUUUGCCGACGAGGAUGUGAUCAAAGGUUGGAUCUGCGCCGCCGCUCGGAAAAAUCUUGCCCCAGCUCCGCCUUCGCGGGGUGCAAUCCGCACUAAAGAAUUUUCUGCCCUCACUUUUUCUUCAUGUCGCACACCAGGGCGUCAGAAAGCGUUUUUUGCUUCAGCGUGCCAUCUGCAAGUUGAACCACCCGCUAACUUUGCUUCAGAACACGUUUUGCGACCUUCUGCGUCUGCAAACGUCAUCGGCUUCAGUUCCGAAAAGGCUUCACGCUUGUCAAUGACACCUGGAGUCGCGUCCGCAGCAGCCGGUAAGAAGCCAUCACCUUCGCCCUCUGUCAAGCGAGGCAAGGCAGAGAAGCUUCUGAAAGAGCACGGGAGUCCCCCGGGCAUGCGAGUAACCGCCGGUGGUCGCGUCGUCCCCAGUGAUCUGCCACCGUUGGGCAGUGCUCGUUUCGCCAGCAACGGCUUCAAGCCUCAACCUCAGAGAACUGUUACCCCCGGCAACGUCUUGCCUGGUCAAGCACAACUGGACGUCAACAGCCUGUCGCAAAGCAUUCAAUUAAUCGGUGGGCAGCCAGUCCUCUGCGUCGGAGACCGCAUCUUCCAAAUUCCAACGUACGCUCAAAACCAGAACGCGCUAGGCGCUUUUGUUCCGACACUCACAGAUACCACGAGACCAACUGGCGAUACAACGAUGUCGUCUCUUCCCGUCUCAUAUCAUGGUGCCACCGGCACCGCCUCUCAGGUGAACGGUGGUGCAUCAGCAGACGGUCAAACACCACUAUCAACAUUCCUUGGUGUUGACCUGAACACAUUGAAGCAGCGCCAGCUCUUCAAGAAAGCAGAGCUCAAGAACUUGGAGCAGACGGAGGUGCUGCAAGCCUCCCACCAAAGCGAGGCCUGGAGAGCUGCUAUGAUCUCGAAGAAGAAGAGCCUGAUCUUGGAGCUCGAUGCCUUACGCAAACAAGUCAUGGCUCUUGAAGGUGCUACUACUUCGACAUCCCAAACGGUCGCUCUACCACACCCGAACGUGUCGGUCACUGUUCCUCCAGGUGCCACCUUUAUGCCUCAAUUCGGACAACAGUUCGUUCCGGUCAAUAUGCCUCCGCCGCUGUAUCAGCCAUAUGGUGGUUCCCAACCUCUCACGACAAACCCGCCGCAGCUCCUUAGUGACGGGGGUAUUUUCGUUCCAAACGAUGCUUCCAUUCGAGCAGCCUCAUACCCCCACGGCCCUGCCCCCCCAAUAAAUACUGACGUUCACCCUCAAUCCCCAGGCUCUGCCACGCGCCGUUCCCAUGCAAUUGAGAUCAAGCCGCCGAAGCAGCUUGGCCAGCGCUCUACCUUGGAUCCAAAGAGCCCCACAUAUGAGCCGGCUUUCAAAGCAGCGGCAACGUUCGAGAACUCCAGAACACUUUCUCUUCGAACGCCGUCUUCCCUCAAGCGCUCUCCAAUCCCCUCGGGUGAUGGCCAUGGAUUGCAACUCAGCAAGCGUGACGAGCGGGUUGUUACUCAAAACACAAGCACGUCAUCCAUUGACACGACGGAUUUCUUCCCACGAAAUACACAUGAGCACUCCUCCACACGAGUUGCACCUGGUAAGGUUUCUCCAUCAACGCCACAGAAAGAUUGGCCCCCGAGUCCAUGGAACCCGCCCUCACGAAGUGGGAGUAAUUCCAACUUGUCAGGACCUACGGUUCAGGCAUCACCAAUGAGGAGGCCGCCCUCACUCACAGAGGAGUUCAGCAAGUUAGGAGCAAACUCUCGUCGAGUCACCCCAACCAUACCGGACUCAGGAUUACCUGGCUUAGGAAAGGUCUCUGCCCAGCACACUUUUACGAAGCCGAUUAGCUUCUUGCUGUCCACCUACCAAGAGGGCUACCAGGCCGGCAUUUCCCACCUAGGACUGCCAACCAACCGAGAGGUGCUCCGCGGUUUCCUUGCAGGGCUCAAUGACUACUUGAAUAACAAGAUAUCCCGUGGUCCUUCGGCGGGCAACUUUCCUUUGUCAAGCACACUAUCAACGAGUUCGUCUGUCCGAGGUCAGGUUAUGAACACUACUCCACGUGACUCCGGUGUGAGUAUGUCGUUCCCGCGCCCAGAGUCAGCGUUGGUAGGACAGGAGAAUAUGCGGUCCAUAACUUCAACCUCGUUCUCCAGUGUUGGAUACCCACGCCAGCUCUCUGGCAACCAGGUUGGCAGGGGAACUCUGCCUACUAAUUCUCCAUUGAAACCCCACUAUGGGCCAACGAAGGAAUAUGCUACUGGGGCCGCCUUUGCGGAUUUGCGUUCCUUCUCAAGGACCCCUGGAAAUGGACGAUUAUCGCAGCUGGACGGCGCAAUGGAUGACUUGGCGGAGCUUCUUGACGACGCCCAACUCGGUGGCCAUAAGCAAACUGACGAUAAACCCCGUACGGAGGCCAUUACGGAGUCUGUUGAUACUGAGGCGUCAUGCUUCGGUAAAGGAAAACAGAAAAUGGAUUCGUCUCCAGCGAAGAAGUCUGAGACUUCCAACAAGUCUCCAGCCAAGGCGCGCCUAGGUCAAUUGACAAACAAGCUUCGACGUGAGCGAGAAGACGAUCCUCGCCAUCUUUCGCCAGAGGACAAGAAGAAUCACAAGGACAAGUGGCACAAACGGUUCGGAAUAAUCAAGCGCACUGAGGACAACAACGUCCAAGCAUACCUUCAAUCCCAAGCGGAGGAUCGACGCAAGAAGUCGAAGAAACCUUCCAAUGAGAAGAAGAAGGCAGACGGGGGCCUAGAGAACCUUGACGAGUGA